AAUAAAUAUAUUUUCUAUUAAUCGGGGCUGUCAGCUGGAGGACUUUCGUUAACACUGCAGGCAGACAAGAAUAAUGCCGAACAAGAAGUCCGUCACUUAACAGGGAGCUGCUUUCACCGCGGCUGCCGAAAAGGCUUAGCAGGGAGGCGCUGCCCACAAAAGAGGGAGACCCGCUGGACAUAACUUCAGGAUGGCCCAGUGUCCGAGGAAGCUGAGCAGCUGCGAGGGCAGUCACCCGGAGCCCCCAGACUCCCAGCCGGGUGUGGGGCAAGAUGCAGGAGGAAGCCCCGGGGUGGCUCUGAAAACAGAAAUCGGCCUGGUCAGCGCUUGUGGUAUUAUAAUCGGCAACAUAAUUGGAUCAGGGAUCUUUGUGAGUCCUAAGGGAGUCCUGGAGAAUGCUAGCUCUGUCGGCGUGGCCAUCAUUGUGUGGGCCACCACUGGAGUUAUCACAGCCAUCGGUGCUCUCUGCUAUGCAGAGUUAGGCGUGACUAUCCCCAGGUCGGGGGGAGACUACUCCUAUGUCAAAGACAUCUUUGGAGAACUGGCUGGGUUUCUGCGUCUGUGGAUUGCAGUGUUGGUUAUCUACCCCACUAGUCAGGCUGUGAUUGCUCUCACCUUCUCAAACUACAUCCUGCAGCCCUUCUUCCCCUCCUGCCUCCCCCCAGACAGUGGCCUACGCCUGCUGGCUGCUGUCUGCCUGCUGUUGCUGACGUGGGUGAACUGCUACAGUGUGCGCUGGGCUACAUGUGUCCAAGACAUCUUCACCGCUGGCAAGCUUUUGGCAUUAGGUCUCAUCAUAAUCAUGGGUGUCAUCCAAAUAUGCAAAGGUCACUAUUACUGGUUGGAGCCAGAACACGCCUUUGAGACCUUCCGAGACUACAGUGUUGGUCAGAUAGCUCUGUCCUUCCUACAAGGCUCUUUUGCUUAUGGAGGCUGGAACUUCCUCAACUAUGUCACAGAGGAGUUGGUUGACCCGUACAGGAAUCUACCACUUGCGAUCUUCAUCUCUAUCCCCGUGGUUACCUUCGUUUACGUGUUUGCCAACAUAGCCUACAUCACAGCCAUGAGCCCACAGGAGCUGCUGGCCUCCAAUGCUGUGGCAGUGACAUUUGGAGAGAAAUUGCUGGGAGUAAUGUCAUGGAUCAUGCCCAUCUCCGUGGCGCUCUCUACCUUCGGAGGAGUCAAUGGCUCCCUCUUCACGUCGGCGAGGCUGUUUUUUGCCGGAGCGAGGGAAGGCCAUCUCCCACGUGUGCUGGCCAUGAUUCACGUCAAACGCUGCACUCCUAUACCUGCCUUACUGUUCACUUUGAUCUCCACUCUGCUGAUGUUGUGCACCAGUGACAUUUACACCCUCAUAAACUAUGUGGGGUUCAUCAACUACCUCUUCUAUGGCGUCACCAUCGCCGGGCAGAUUGUUCUUCGCAUCAAAGAGCCCGACAUGUAUCGACCCAUCAAGGUGAGCCUGAUCUGGCCGGUGAUCUACCUGCUGUUCUGGGCCUUCCUGCUGGUCUUCUCCCUCUACUCAGAGCCGGUCGUCUGCGGUAUUGGUCUGGCCAUCAUGAUGACUGGUGUCCCUGUAUAUUUCCUGGGAGUCUACUGGGAGAACAAGCCACAGUGUUGCGAUAUUACUAUUGGUAAAAUGACUCAUCUGUGCCAAAAGCUUUGUUUGGUGGUUAAUCCGAUCAUAGAAGAGCGUGCGCAAUCCCAAGGGUCGCAAAAUGAAGAUGGGAGAGACGGAGGAAGCCCUCAAACAGCUGAAUCUUGAACAUGUGCAUAAAUGAACACUAACAAUGCCUCACACUUUAACGGGGUAAAAAGGCACUUGGGGAAGACUCUCAGAAAGAUUAGCAUACAUAUUCACUUGGUGUACUACGUCACUGGACUUUUUCACUGGCCUUAACACUAACUACUGUGUUAGUGAAUGGUCUGGGCACAGAUGUUUGAGAAAUGAUCUGAAACUGAAAUUAUGAAAAACAAAAACUAAUAUUUUUCUUUUUUCUUUCAUGUUAGAAUUUUAAAUUAUGUCUUGUUCAGUAUGUUGUUUGAGACUGGGAGGCAAUGGGAAAAUGUUUUCAUAUGCAAGUUGUUUGUAUUGUUCACUCUGUUUUAUAUUAUCACCUCACUAAAAUGACAUUUUCGAGAAGGUUUAAUGGUUUUUAUUCUCAUUGAACUCUAUGACGGUGUUAUAUGCCAAACUUUAUAAACAAUUAAUUCAAAAUGUUCCCUUUUGCAUACAUACAGAGAAAGGAGGUUUGGUUUUAGAGGGCAAACGUUUUUUUCUUCUUGCACACAGAUCUCCCGUUCUGAUAACUACUAUGGAGAUUUGAAUGCUGGCUGAUAAUAUUUCAUUGAAAAAUGUUCUUUGAAUAUGAAGUUCUGCAGAUUUUGCUAAAAUGUUCAAAAUGAAAAUAAAUGCCCAGCACCUGCAUGGAAAAAAAGAGGUAAAACCAAUGUUAAGUUUUCAGUUGUCUUUAUUUGUAACUUAACAGAAAGCUUCUGGUAGAAAAUCAAAUAUUCCUGGAAGUACCCAGUGCAUAUUAAGCAUAUAGUGCCCAUAUACCUACUUUUUUAAAUAUAUAAAUCUUCCUCAGGUAUUUUAUUUUUUUAUCACCUGUGUAAGUUUGACAUAAUUUGGUGCCUGUUGAAAAUGCACAGUUGUCUUUGUGAUGUCCUCACUGGUGUAUUAUGCUGCAUACUGUAUACUGUAGUAGUACUGGUACUGUGUUGCCUGCUGCACUUCAUUAAUGUUUCAUCUACCUUUUG